AUGACAAAAUCACUAAUUAAAUUGAAAGUAUUUAAUUUUUGUCAUGAAGCUAACUUUGGUUUUAAGAAGGUCAGACUUGAAGAGAAAUAAUAAAGUGUCAAUUAAGUGUUGCAAAUAAGUACCGAUUUAUUUAAAAAUAGCUACGAUUUGAUGAAUGAUUUGAUGAGUGAUGGAUUGAUAGAUGUUGGAAGAAUUUCUUUGUAGAAGAACUCGGAUCAUUAAAAAAUGGAGAUUUUCCCAUAUUGGAUGUUGCUGGAGGUACAGGCGAUAUUGCAUUCCGUAUACUUGAGAAAUAUAAAGGAAGUAAUUUGUUUAAUGAAAAUCUAAAAAUAACAGUCUUAGAUAUAAAUUAAUCUAUUUUUGACGUUGGAUAAAAAAGAGCAAAUGAAUUAGGAUAUUAAAAUUGUAAUAUUGUUUUUUAAUUAUUAGAAAUUGACAUUUUUGUGCAAACGGCAAAGAAUUGCCAUUUGA